ACCAAUACAUUACUGGAUGAUAAUCCUAAAGAAAAUUCUAAUUGUAAAGUCCUUAUCAAUAAGAACGUGAGCAACGAAGUGGAUAUUGCUAGAUUUGCCAAGGAAUGUCAUGAAAAUGUAAUGACUGAGCAAAUGAACAUUGAAGAAGGAGAACAGAGGAUUUUUAUUAAUAUAGCUGGCCUACGAUUUGAAACCCAACUUAAAACACUCAGUGAAUUCCCUCACACACUCCUUGGAGAUCCUCAAAAGCGAAUCCAUUACUUUGACUCCAUGAGGAAUGAAUAUUUUUUUGAUCGGAAUCGACCAAGUUUUGAUGGGAUACUAUAUUAUUACCAAUCUGGUGGGAAAGUAAGACGUCCUGCAAAUGUUCCUUUGGAUGUUUUUGCAGAUGAAAUUUUAUUUUAUGAGCUAGGUAAUGAAGCACUGGAUCAGUUUAGAGAAGAUGAAGGUUUUUUAAAGGAGCCAGAAAUUCCAUUACCAAACAAUGACUAUUACAAACAAUUCUGGUUACUUUUUGAAUAUCCUGAAAGUUCCAGUGCAGCAAGAGGCAUGGCACUUGUUUCUGUUUUGGUGAUCAUUAUUUCUAUACUUAUAUUUUGCUUGGAGACCCUACCUGAAUUUAGAGAAGAAAGAGACUUUAACAUGUUUAGAGGUAUAGGAAAUGAAACAGAAAAAAAUAGAAUGCAUUUCAGCACUUUCACAGAUCCAUUUUUUUUGAUAGAGACUACUUGUAUUAUAUGGUUUUCAUUUGAACUGGUUGUCAGAUUUAUUGUAUGUCCAAGUACAUCUGAGUUCUUUCAGAAUAUAAUGAAUAUAAUUGACAUUGUAUCCAUCAUUCCAUAUUUUGUAACUUUUAUAACCGAAUUAGUCCAGCAAACAGAACCCCACGUACAACAAAAUAUGUCCUUAGCAAUCCUAAGGAUAGUACGUCUUGUUAGGGUAUUUAGAAUUUUUAAACUAUCAAGACAUUCUAAGGGUCUUCAGAUUCUAGGGCAAACUCUAAAAGCCAGUAUGAGAGAACUAGGUUUGCUAAUAUUUUUCCUUUUCAUUGGGGUUAUUUUGUUCUCAAGUGCAGUGUAUUUUGCAGAAGUCGAUGAACCUCAGUCACAGUUCGUUAGUAUACCUGAUGGUUUUUGGUGGGCCGUAGUAACAAUGACAACUGUUGGUUAUGGAGAUAUGUGUCCAAUUACAUUGGGGGGAAAACUAGUUGGUACUCUCUGUGCUAUUGCAGGUGUCUUGACAAUUGCCCUCCCAGUGCCUGUAAUUGUAUCCAAUUUUAAUUACUUCUAUCACAGGGAGACAGAAAAUGAAGAGAGGCAAAAUUUACCAAUAGAUUUGGAAAAAAUAAGCUUGACUAAUAUCACACAAUCUGGAAGUAUGUCUUCUCUUAAGAAAAACAAUGGAUCUUGCAUUCCUGACAAAAAUGGUAAGACCUGAUUUUUUAAAAAUAGGCUUUAACAUUUAGAACAUUGAUAUCACUUUGUGUCAGUAGAGAGAUAAAAUAACCAUUGGUUAUAUAAACUGUUUGUUUAAGUUAA